AUGAAGACUUUUCUUGUGGUCCCACAGCUCAUCCUGCCUUUCGAUGUGAAGUUCCGCAUCAAGGGGAGAGAUGUUGUGGUGGACAUCCAGCGGCGCUCCAUCAAGGUGGGCCUGAAGGGUCACCCCCCUGUCAUCGACGGUCAACUCUACAACGAGGUGAAGGUGGAGGAGAGCUCCUGGCUCAUCGACGAUGGGAAGGUGGUCGCAGUCCACCUGGAGAAGAUCAAUAAAAUGGAGUGGUGGAGCAGGAUUGUUACCACAGAUCCUGAACUUAACACCAAAAAGAUCUGCCCUGAGAACUCAAAGCUGUCUGACCUGGACGGAGAGACUCGUGGGAUGGUUGAGAAGAUGAUGUAUGACCAGAGACAGAAAUCUAUGGGUCUGCCGACAUCUGAGGAGCAGAAGAAACAAGACAUCCUCAAGAAGUGA